AUGGCCGCGCAGUCGGACGGCGGCAAAGCCGGGGUCGGGUGCGGCGGCGGCAGCCUUUCGCUUCUCAAGGUCUGUUACGGUCUUGAUAACGAGGAGCCGCUGGACUCCGCGGCAUCCACACUCCUUCAGUGCUGCCGCACCUCCGCCUCUACUGGGCUGCCGCUCAGUCUCGGCUCCCUGCUCGGGGGGGGCCAGCCGGUCGGAGGGGUCGGCAUCCGGGAGACUCACUGCCCGCCCCGGGAGCAGCUGUGGCUGGACUGCCUCUGGAUCAUCCUCGCCCUCCUCGUCUUCUUCUGGGACGUUGGUACGGACCUUUGCCUGGCGGUGGACUACUAUCAGAGGCAGGACUACCUCUGGUUCGGCCUCACACUCUUCUUCGUGCUGGUGCCGUCGGUGCUGGUCCAGAUUCUGAGUUUCCGCUGGUUCGUGCAGGACUACACCGGCGGGGGGCUCGGGGAGGUGGAGGGGCUGACUAAGCGGGGCGCGGUGGCUCUGGGGUGCCUGUAUCCCGGCAGGGACCGCCUGCAGCUGGCCACCAUCUGGCUGUGGCAGGCCAUCAUACACAUCCUCCAGCUGGGACAAGUGUGGAGGUACAUCAGGACACUGUACCUGGGCAUCAUGUCGCGACGGCAGAAGGAGCACCAGCGGCGCUGGUACUGGGCCAUGAUGUUCGAGUACGCGGACGUCAACAUGCUGCGGCUGCUGGAGACCUUCCUGGAGUCUGCGCCUCAGCUGGUCCUGCAGCUCUGCAUCAUGAUCCAGGAGAACCGAGCCGAGACGCUGCAGUGCAUCUCCUCCCUGGGCUCCCUCUUGUCUCUCGCCUGGGUUCUGGCCUCCUACCACAAACUCCUGCGGGAUUCUCGUGACGACCAGCGCAGCAUGAGCUACCGCGGGGCGCUGCUGCACCUCUUCUGGCGCCUCUUCACCAUCUCCUCCCGCGUCCUCUCACUUGCCCUCUUUGCCUCCCUCUUUCACAUCUAUUUCGGCAUCUUUGUAGUGGUCCACUGGUGCGCCAUGGCCUUCUGGGUGGUGCACGGAGGCACCGACUUCUGCAUGUCCAAGUGGGAGGAGGUGCUCUUCAAUAUGGUGGUCGGCAUCGUCUACAUCUUCUGCUGGUUUAAUGUGAAGGAGGGCCGAACGAGAUACAGAAUGGUGGCCUACUACACCGUGGUGUUGGCCGAGAACACCAUCCUCACUGGGCUGUGGUAUGCCUACAGGGAUCCAGUCUUGACCGACUCCUACGCUGUCCCAGCACUGUGUGGCGUCUACCUGACAUUCGCCGGCGGUGUCCUGGUCAUGUUGCUGUACUACGGCUUCCUGCACCCCGCCAGCGCCCACCUCCAGCCAAGCCCCGCCUCCUCAUGCUGCGCCCAGCUGCUCUGGGGCCUCCCCCUGCCUCCGUCAGCCCCGCCCACCGCUCCGCCCACCCCGGCCCACAUGACCAAGUCACAGACGGAAGAGGAUGUGGCCGAGACAUGUCUUCCCGUCUUCCAGGUGAGGUCAGCGCCCCCCACCUCCAAGCCCGAGGGCCCGCUUAUAAAGAUCGACAUGCCCAGGAAGCGUUAUCCAGCAUGGGAUGCCCACUACGUAGACAGGCGCCUGCGGAGGACUAUAAACAUCCUGCAGUACAUAACGCCGGCCGCUGUGGGCAUCCGCUACCGUGACGGACCCCUGCUGUAUGAACUGUUGCAGUAUGAGUCCUCACUCUGA